AUGGAGCAACAGGAGCGCGCGAUCUAUCAGCGAAAACAAGCAGUCAAGGAUGCUCUUGCCAGCGGGAAGAAUCUACCCACUGAGCUCCGGAAACCUGCGGUUGAAAUGAGCAAAGAUAUCGCUUUUGAUGCAGCACAGGAAGAUCCUAUGAGUUCAGUCGACUACGAAUACUCUAGAGCCGGUAUUCGAGAUCCCAAAAUUGUGAUAACGACGAGCAGAGACCCAAGCAGCAAGCUUCUCCAGUUUGCCAAGGAGAUGAGACUGGUGUUCCCAAACUCCCAUCGAAUAAACCGAGGAAAUUACGUCGUGAAAGAACUCGCCGAGGCUUGCAGAGCAAACGAAGUGACCGACUUGAUUAUCCUUCACGAGACUCGAGGUGUACCAGACGCUUUGAUUGUUUCUCACUUCCCUCAUGGCCCGACAGUCUUUUUUACGUUGCAUAGCGUUUCCCUACGACACGACCUGCCUAAUUCAAGCAAUAGCACGGUCAGCGAGCAAUAUCCUCAUCUCAUCUUUGAAGCAUUUGAGACCAAACUUGGAACGCGAAUACGCGAUGUUCUCAAGUAUCUCUUCCCAGUGCCAAAGGAAGAUGCGACCAGAGUGAUGAGCUUCAUAAACGAAAGUGACUUUAUCAGUUUCAGACAUCACGUCUUUGCCAAGACGGGUAAAAAGGAGGUUCAGCUAGCCGAAGUCGGACCUAGGUUCGAAAUGAAGCCGUACGAGAUUCGAUUGGGGACAAUCGAACAGGAGGAGGCCGAUAAGGAAUGGGUACUCGCGCAUUACACAAGAACGGCAAGAAAGCGGAGAAUGCUAUAA